UGCGACGGUCACGUCACCAGUACGUCUAGUGUUGUGUUGUUCCUCAUGUGUGAUAGCGGUAUCAAAGAUCCUGGAAACGAACGCUUCUUCUUCCGUCUGUGGUGGAAUUGGGUGGGAUCCGCAGGAGGAACGCAGACCGAGGCGGAUUCAUUGAAGAUGGCAGACGAGGAGGACUCGGGGCCGGAGGCAGAGCCGGCUCCUUCCUCUCCCGCGGAAACCCCUAGUUCCGCCCGGCCUCACUACGUCUCGUUCUCCGAGAGCGUCCAGCCAGCGGUGGGCAUGAUGAGCCAGCUACUCAGCCAGCCUUCCUCCCUCAAAUUCGACAAGAACAUCAAACAGGCCUUCUACAACACAGGAGCGAUGAUUUUCGUGGCUAUCUGUUGUGGAGCGGCUGUGCUAGUCUUCUUUAUCCUGGAAGCCUUUCUGAGACCACUGCUCUGGGCCGUUCUCUGCGGGACCUUCCUACACCCAUUUAAACACUCCCUAGCCCGGCUGGGACGCUCCUGGCUCAACGGCCUGCAGGACACCGGGACGCCGAUACUCCUGGGGACGCUGCUGGUCCCGGUGUGGUGUUUCAACCACGGGGUGGAUUUCCUGGGGGGUCUGGUGCUGGAGAGGCUCACGAUGCUGCUGGUGAUCGGGGCAGGCGCGCCACUCAUUUACUUCUUUUACCUGUUCUGGAGCGUCAUUGGCAUGCAGGUGAUCAUCGGGCACGUGUGUGGCGUCAUCGGGAGCGCGCUGGACUGCUUCCACUAUGUGUGGGUGAUGACAGUGGUGUUGGGGUAUGUGCUGGCUGUAGCCUGCAAAUGGAGCCCCGGUACAGAGAGAUACCUGAGGACUAUGUCUGUACCUGUCUGGACCAUACUACUCUUCUACCUGGUGUCUCUGACUGGCUCGUGGAGAGUUCCUGUGUUUGUAAUCAUGGUCACGCUCCUCAUCGUGGGCUCUCAAGAGAAACCACCUGUCCCUGGCAACUCGGGUGAGCUGUCAGGACAGGUGUUGUCGUUCGCUGCUAACACCAUCUACAUGGCCAUCUCCUGCAGUAACCUCCACUUGGGCCCCGAGAGAGAUACCAGCACCAGUAGUGUCUCCGCAGAUGGGGUGGACUCUGUGGGCCCUGGCCCUUCCGGUCCCCCCUCUGUCUUCCCGUUCCCCCGUCAGGCCCGUCCUGAGCUGAGGGGUCUCUUCCAGAAGGAGAAGGGGUCCCAAAGAGCCAGUGAUAUCUACUUUGUCCUGCUGGCCUGGGCUUUUGUACUGGUCCAAGUCUGGCUCAAUCUCUGGAUGCUACAACUACUGCCUAUCCCAGUGGCUGUGUGGGUGUUGAAGAAGCUGGUGGUACAUUUUGGUCUGAAGCGAUUCGCUGAGAAGACUCUGUCGUCAUGGUGGGUAGGACUGGAGAAGUUUGGCCGUGAGCGACAGGACGCCAUCAUGCCUGGACCAAUCAAAGGACUCGUUCAGUUCCUGCUACGCGUUGACACCAAGCUCUGGCAUUGGCUUAACAAGCAGAUGGUCAUAUGGUUAGAGCGCUCCCUGGAUAAACUCAUCAGUAUCUUCAUCAUCUUCCUGCUGGUGACAGGAACUCUGCUCAUGGGUCUCCUGCUCACUGCUAUGGUUCAUCAUGAGAGUGUUCAUAUCAUAGAGGUCACCAGUAACCUUAUCAACGAGACUGUGUCCAGCCAUCCAGAAUGGGCCAAUUGGCUCCCUGAGGCACAGGUCAUCCAGAAAGCUAUGAACUCAGCUGCCACUAACGUCUACCAGCACGGUCGAGAAUGGAUAACAUUCAAGCUCCAUAAGAUGCUUGGUGAAAAGGGGAACCACACAGCUGUCAUAGAGAAGCAGGUUCUGGAACUGUGGGAUAGACUGUACCACUCCUGGUUUGUCAAGAAUGUAACCCAUACAGGAGGGCGUAACCGUAGUGGUGGUCAGAAGCUUGUCCAGAGACAGAACAGCUGGCUGGGAGAGAUCUUAGACUGGCAGGACAUCGCCUCCUUCGCUCAGGAGAACAUAGAAACACUGCUCUCUAUAGUGGAGUCUCUGUGGGUGGUGAUGAGUCGGAACGUUGGGCUGCUGAUCUCCACAACGACCACACUCCUCACUGUCCUCUUCCACAGCGGCACAGCUCUACUCAACUUCGCCCUCAGCCUGGUGAUAUUCCUGACGACGUUGUUCUACCUGCUGAGUUCCAGUGGAGAGUACUACGAGCCUGUCAAAUGGGUGAUCAGCCUCACUCCUCUGUCCCAGCCCGGACCAUCCUCUAACAUCAUAGGACAGUCUGUAGAGGAGGCUAUCAGAGGGGUGUUUGAUGCCUCUCUGAAGAUGGCAGGGUUCUAUGGUCUCUACACCUGGCUGACACACACCAUCUUCGGCAUCCACAUCGUCUUCAUCCCCUCUGCCCUGGCAGCUAUCCUGGGUGCAGUGCCAUUCCUGGGGACGUACUGGGCCGCGCUGCCCGCUGUGUGUGACCUGUGGCUGGCCCAGGGAGAGGGGGUCAAAGCCUUGCUACUGCUACUCUUCCAUCUGCUGCCCACCUACUUCGUAGACACAGCCAUCUACUCCGAUAUAUCAGGUGGUGGCCACCCGUAUCUGACUGGUCUAGCAGUGGCAGGAGGAGCAUACUAUCUGGGUCUGGAGGGGGCGAUCAUCGGUCCUAUCCUGCUCUGUAUCCUGGUGGUAGCCUCCAACAUCUACAGUGCCAUGCUGAUGAGCCCCAACUCUGCCCAGCCCACCCCUGUACAGUCUAGCUGGCCACAACACCCUGCCAGGUCCUUCAUGGACACCACUCCCUCGGUGCUGAAGAGGGUGAGCGAGUGAGAGGUGGAGUGUCUCCUGGUUUCUCAUUGGCUGGGUGCCUGUCCCUUGGCUUCUUAUAGACUGAUUACCUGGGAGUAGCACCCUUUCCUCCCUUGUGCUCCUCCCGAGCUCUACGGGAUCUCCCAGGCGGAGUGGCAGGGUGUGAGGGGAGGUUACCCACGAAGCCAUCAGCCUGAUGAAGCUACUUUUCAGACCAUGGAGUUGAGACCCUCCCCUCCCCCAACACAUAUGAGACCAUAGAACAGAUUUACAUUACAAAUCAAAUAAAUGGUCCACAAUAUGUAUACUGGGCACACCAUAUUUAAUAGUGAAUGUUUAAUCAUCUCGCUGAAUGCGGUGCCUCUUUCAGUGUUGCAAUAAGGGAUGGGACAUGUGGAUUGUAGAACAUGGGUCUGUUCUAUCCAUUCUAUGUACACAUAUAAGACCCCCCAGUACCAUAUCUACAGACCUGCCUAAGGUGGGAUGUAUCUUACCCCACCCUCUCCCCCAAUCCUUUCUGCCCCCUCUACCUGGCACUUUUGUGAAGGUUAAAGUUCAGAAUGGGUCACACGUUGUACGCUGCAACGGAGCAAUGGAGCACUGAGUCAAUGAACUAACCCUGGAUAGCUACUGGAUGGGCAGGGUUUAGUUCCAGCCCAGCAUUAACACAUCUGAUUCCAGUAAUGAAGGAUUUAAUAAGGGAACUAAAGCCUGUACACACUGGUGCCCUCCAGAGGCCACCAAUAUUAACACUUAGCGCUUUUGGUUUUUAUCAUCUUUACUGUUAUCAUUAAUAUAAUGCUGUUUUAUUAUCUCUAUGGUUACGUGUUGUAUGAUGCAUUGUCAUGCUUAUGAGUUCUGUUGACGUGGCAAUGAGCACUGUAUGCAGGCACUUCCUGUGCUGAGAGGUGGAACUUCCUGUGUUGAUGUUUUUACAUUUAAAAACAGAUUAGUUUUCAGCUCAAGUUUAUGUUUUGCUCUCUAACACGCGCGCGCGCGCACACACACACACACACACACACACACACACACACACAGGUUGAUGUCAGUGCUGCUGUAAGGUGAAUGUAAUCUAAAGGGCUGUAGUUGUUACAUGUCACGGUAAUAAGGUAGUGGGUCCUGGCCUGUACUAACUACAUCCUAUUAUAAAUCUAUCACAUACAUACCCCAGAUUACACACACACAUUCACUCCACAUUUAUGGGAGAAGGAUGAACUUUCACAUGAUAAAUGUAACUGUUUACACCAAGUGAACGAUGUACAGGUAUGUAUUCUGAGUACUCUGUAUGUGAAGCACGACAUCCUCUAAUGUGGCCAAAGCGUCAGCUGUCUGAGGUUGGGAGGACUGCUUAUUUAUCCUCAGACGGUUGGAGUCCUACUGUUGGCUCACUUCCCUCACCUCACACUGACGUCACCUGACCCUGGAACAUACCGUUGCUGUGUUUUCUACUGGAAAUGCACUGAGACAAUAAACAUGACUGUUUGAACUAA